UUACACAGUUGGGAGAGAAGAGAUGAGCUAAUGUGCAUCUUCCACUGGCUCAGCAACCUGCUGUUUCCCAAGCAGUAGAAUGAUAUUCAUCAGUGUCGCAUGAGUUUCACUCUGCUCCUGUUAGUGAUGAUGUGAUCCAAGAGUAGAGAGGGGAAGUGGGAUACAGGGAAGGGGUGGAGAUGGGAGCACACAAAGAUAUGGGGAGCAAAAAGACAGAAGGGUAAGCAGUGAGGAUCAAGGAUAGAAGAUAGCUGGCGUGGGAUGUGAGACUUGUACAGAGUGGGGCUGGCCUGGUGGUCUAUGACAGCACUUCCAUAUUCAGGACCAAGCUUGCUCCCUGUGCCAGUAAGGACUGUGACCACUGCAAGGGCUGAGGAGAGGAAGAGAUGAGCCUUUUUGCAGCUACCUCAGGCCAACUGCAGGAGCAGCAGAGGGAGCUCCACUAUCCAUGACAAGCCCACCUUGACCGAAGGGAGGGUCACAUGACCUUUGGAAGAGGGAAAAGAGAUGGGAUGGGGCGGAGGAAGGGAGGAAAGGACAACUGACAGAAAUAAAAAGGAUAUUUUUAGGGAGGAGUGCAAAAAAAACACACCCAAGGAAUGGGAAGAAACUCCAACACAGAAAACACUGAGAAAAAUAAUGAAACAGCUUAAUUUUAGGGGAAAGAUGGGAUCAAGGAGUCUGUCCCCCUGCAAGUACAGGACUUCGGCCUUUGAUGGAGAAUGUAUUGGGUAUUAAACUGAUACUGCACUGAUUUUAGUCAAAGGAAUCUGGGAAAUAAACUCUUUCCUCUGCAACAUUUGUAAACACUAUUGCCAAGUCAAAAGGAGUAGGACUAGAAGAAAACUCCAUGAUAUCAAAACAGAGACAUUCAGGCCAUUUUCUAUCUAGUAAGCUUUUCCCAGAUUUUGACUUUGAUUUGUUUUUGCUAAAGGAGGUCAAUGUUCUGAAGAGUGCUCAUAAAAACCCAUCAAAGAUGCCGUUUCAAAACUCAUCAGAGCUAGCAGAACUGGAGUGAGCUCCUAUGGUUUUUUUGUAUUAGCAGAUCAUGCGUACCGUAUGUCCUGGCUCUGUUCAGCAAAGAGGCUGCAGUUCGAUAUUUCAGCCUACAGUGGGCACUACAGAUCCAGUGCAUGUCUCGGUCAUUCUGUUCCAAGAGACAAGCUGUCUAGUGACUUGAGCACAGGACUAGGAGUUGGGAGAGAGAGAUUUCUGCUACUGAAAUGCUGCAUGCCCAAGGUCACGCAACUUAAACUUUCUCUGCCUCGCUGUCCAAAUAGCAAGUCUGAAAAAUCAGGACACUUUUUUAGGGGGAGGGAGGGGAGAGGAGAUAUAGUGGUAUAUAUAAGACAAAGCUCCUAAUAGCAGGACAUCUGGUCACCCAAGUGAAGAUAAUGCUAUUUACUUGCCUCCCUGAGGUUAGUUACUGAUUGUACUGUGAAGUGCUUCGAGAUCCUUGAAUGGCAGAGGGCUAUAGAAGGGCUAAAUAUGCUGAAGUGAGAUUCUGUACUGGUGUAACGCACUGUUCAGCGUGUGUUAUGUGUCCCCACCCCACUCUGUUGGCCCCCAUCCACAGAGGAUAGUGAGUCUGUCACAGCCCCCAGCUACCAAGCCUGGCUCUUUAGCUCAAGCUAUAGAGACUCAUACUUUAGCUCUGGAGGUCUCAGGCUCCAUCCCCAGCAUGUCAGCCAAGACAGCUGUUCUCACAUUGUGUGCUGCACCUGCUGAGGUACAUAGAGAAGAGGAGACAAAGGUGCUUUAAGACACCUUUGCACCUUCCCAGUUCUGGGCUGGUGUGACCUAGGCAGCCUAGAGAGCUGCUCUAAAUUUCAGCAGUCUUGCCUAGGUUAGCUGUGGCUGCUCCAUGGUCUCUGCUAUGGAGAUUCCCCUCUACUUGAUACACCAGGUGUUCUGGGCCUUGUCCAGGAUGGCCGACAGCUGUUCUCUGUCAUGCCUGUCCUGAUGGAAUGCUCCCCCAGCUGGCUAAGGGGCCACAGCGGUGUAUAGACAGUGGGGACAAUCUCUCUCUACGUUUUUAUCUAGAAGUCUUGAGCCCCUUUCUCAAUCCAGUUGGACAGGCAGGGAGUUCUUUAUUAAGGUGACUUGUCCCACGGGUACCUGGGUUCCAUAUUUCGUUGUCUGCAAAAAUACAUGACUGGACUGAAUAUUUUCUUUUGUCGUUGCUAAAAUUAAUUGUUGCUGUUUCUAAGGGUUUGUCUACAUCGAGAGUUAGUGUGUGGCAAGAUGAGGUAUAAUUCUAAAGCGCACUAGCCUGCCAUGCAAUAAUUGACUCUGUGCACUAAAAGUUUCGUAGUGUACUUUAAUCUGCUGCUGUUUGAAACCACUGUAGAUCAAAGCACAGUAUGGAAUUUUUAGUGUGUGUCACCAGGGUCCACGUGGACAGUGAGCGUGUGGCUGGUUAUGACACUGUAGAUUUACAUACCAGCUUCCUGCACACUGUGGCCAUAUAGUCAAGCCCCAAGUUGUGAUGUGGUCUCUGCCACUUAGAUUCUCUUCGAGUCAAAGAGUCUGUGGCACUGUAUAGACUAACAGACGUAUUGGAGCAUAAGCUUUCGUGGAUGAAUACCCCCUUUGUCGCAUGCAUGUCACUUAGUUAUCUGCACUUAGUUAUCCUGGGUGCAUCUGCUGAGAAUUGCUGCUGAUCCAAGACUGAGUGCCAUCUGCCCACCUCACUUCCUUCAUAAAUGCUACUGAAUGGCAGUUAAGUCCUGCAUUAGAAGUACUAUGUAAGAGCUAGCUAUUAUUUAUUAUUACAUUAGCUACGUGCAUGGUCCUGAUAGUACAGGAUGGGGCCCACACAUCAUGCCCGGGUGAGGAAUUCAGCAAAGCAGCAGGCUAGACUGCCAAGUCAUCCAUUUCAUCUGCCUUUAGUUAAUGUUUACAGGGAAAGUGAGGCAAGAGGCCCAUUUUCAUUCUCAGCCUAGGGUCAGAUGUGUUGGUCAAUAAGGUCAAGGCAGUGGUGUGUCCAGCAGCUAGCAACUAAUUAAAUGUCAUUUGCACUGGGGUUUUUGGUUGUCCUGGGCUGCCAGAUAAUCAGAUUUGUCUUGUUUGUACAGCAUUGCAAAGAUAGGAAGCUUUAUAAAUGAAAUGAAAAGUGGAAACGAAAGCAGACAUUGGGCCCAUUGUAUGCAAAUUCAAUUUUACAAGACAAGUGGCUACAGAGUGCAAAAAAAAAAAUCUGAAAACUUAAUCCGCUUUGGGGUUUUUAAAAUAUUUUCAUGUCUUAGUCAAUCCAGAAAUCUUUUUUAAAUGAAUCCAGUGUGUGCAAGAAUUAGGAUAUCCUGGGAGACGGACAUGCUGUAUUUGGGAUAUAGCUGUUCUUCAUGUGGACUUGGAAGUAACUACAUUCAAGGAUGAAAGAGCAGUAUUAUUCCCAGCAUCGUGACUUUUUCAUCAUGUCAGAACCUAUAACUCUCAAUGUUGGAGGAAAACUGUACACCACUUCCCUGUCUACCUUGACUAGUUUUCCAGACUCCAUGCUGGGUGCCAUGUUCAGUGGAAAGAUGCCAACCAAGAGGGAUAGCCAAGGCAACUGCUUUAUUGACAGAGAUGGCAAAGUGUUCCGCUACAUCCUGAACUUCUUGAGAACUUCCCACCUGGACCUCCCUGAAGACUUCCAGGAAAUGGGCUUGCUACGACGGGAGGCAGAUUUUUAUCAGGUCCAGCCGCUGAUUGAAGCGUUGCAAGAGAAGGAGGUGGAGCUCUCCAAAGCUGAGAAGAACGCCAUGCUCAACAUCACCUUGGAUCAGAGGACACAGACAGUUCAUUUCACUGUUCGGGAAGCGCCCCAGAUCUACAGCCUGUCUUCCUCCAACAUGGAAGUAUUUAGCGCCCACAUAUUCAGCACAUCAUCUCUGUUCUUGAAGCUCCUGGGUUCCAGACUUUACUAUUGCUUCAAUGGCAACCUGUCUUCAAUAUCCAGCUACCUGCAGGACCCCAAUCACUUGACCUUGGAUUGGGUCGCGACUGUGGAAGGCCUGCCAGAAGAGGAGUACAAUAGACAGAACUUAAAGAGACUUUGGGUGGUACCAGCCAAUAAGCAAAUUAAUAGCUUCCAGGUAUUUGUAGAAGAGGUGCUAAAAAUAGCCAUGAGUGAUGGAUUUUGUGUGGAUUCCUCCCACCCGCAUGCCUCUGAUUUCAUGAAUAAUAAGAUUAUUCGACUAAUUCGGUACAAGUAGAAAUAGCCUGUUAUUAUGGUAUCAGGAUAGACGUAACCAAACACAGUGUUUCAUUUUAAGACCCACUUCAAGACACUGUAACAAACAGCCUAAUAUAAAAUCGUGAUAAUGUGUACUAAGACUCACUAACUGUGAGUUGAUUUUCCUAUACUGAAUUUACCAGUGACCUUUCAGAAUAUGUCUAUAGUCUAGAUGGAUGGAAUGCUGUCUAUUGGCUUGAGCAGGGUCUAGGAAUUAAGGAGUCCUGGGUUCCAUUUCUGCCUCUGCCACUGACUCGCUGUGUGAUUGUGGGCAGGUCACUAACUUCUCUCUGACUCCGUUUUCCCACUGGAAAACAGGGAUAAUAAUACUUAACCUACUUCAAAAGAAUUCCGUGCGGCUUAACUAAUGAGGUUUACAGAUCGCCUUGAGAUUAUCCAGUGCACUGUUAUAGAGCUGCAGAGUUGUAGUAAGUGCAGUGGAUUUGAUUCUCCACCAUGUUGCACAUUGUGUAGCCAAUUAUACCUGGCCAGAGUGGAUGUAGAAUGCUACCAGGUCACCAGGAUAGAGGUUUCACACACACUUUACACAGGUAUAAAUGACCAUGAAAGGAAGCGGAGAAUCUGGCUUAGAGUGUUUAAACUGAAGUCUUCUUUUCCCUGUAAUGAAGCCUCAGUCCUAUUCUUCUAUUGGAGUAGCCAUGUUUCCACGGGGCAAUUUGUAUCACAAAUGACAAAGGAUGCCAUGGCAGACAGAAUAAUGCUGUAUACGUGGGUUUUGUUUAAACAUGCUGUGGAUACACUUAAACCCUUACCAAUUAUGCUCUAAUGCAUUAAAGAUAACUAGAUUUGGUCUUUCUCAUAAUGGUAUGUGUGUCUGGAGGAUACUGUUGAAAACAUAUUUUGUUCUGGAGACAAUUAAGAGGAUAGAGAGUGUCAGCCCCAAAUGUCUUCUAAAUAGUUUGAACCACAUCUACCCAUACCCCACAGCUUCUCUUUGGGCACAUGCUCCCCAGGGGAGAUGGGUAAUGAAGCAUUAAGGGCUGAACGAAACAUAGUU